AUCACCCCCACCCCUCAGCCUGACUGGGAGGCGGGUGGAGGCUUCUCGCGGGGGCUGUGCCGGGUGGGCAGUUUUCCCAGAGCAAGGAGCAAAGCAGGACUGAGUUGGCGCCAACUUCCUCAGAAGUGGACGUUGCCGGCUGGAUGGCCAGCCUGCCCCAGCUACCCUGAGCCCAAGAGCUCCCUCAGCCACCGUGGUUCUGCUGCGGGGCUACACCCCUGUACCCCAGGGGAGUGGCAUGUCACACAGGGAGGCCCGAGGGACACCAGCGAUGCCAAGAGUGGAGCACGGCCGGGCUAAGGCCAAAGCGCGGCUGCUGCCAGGCACUGAUAGGAAGAGGCGCCGCCUCAGCAGGACAAGGCAAGACCUGUGGGAAGAAAGCAGCUGGAGUGACCAAAGAUGGAGCAGAGCUGCCCCUGGCCCUGGAGAGGCCAGGGCCAGGGGCCCAGCUUGUGGCAGGGGCGAGGCCAGUCCUGAGAACGCGGCGCGGGAGCGCAGCCGAGUGAGGACCCUACGCCAGGCCUUCCUGGCCCUGCAAGCCACUCUGCCUGCCGUGCCACCAGACACCAAGCUCUCCAAGCUGGAUGUGCUGGUGCUGGCCACCAGCUACAUUGCCCACCUCACUCGCACACUCGGCCAUGAGUUGCCCAGCCCCGCCUGGCCACCUUUCCUGCGUGGGCUCCGCUACCUGCAUCCUCUCAAGAAGUGGCCCAUGCGGUCUCGUCUGUAUGCUGGAGGGCUGGGAUGCUCUGGCCUUGACUCCACAACAGCCAUCGCCUCUGGCCAAAGAACAAAGGAAGCAGAGGUGGGGUCCCGAGUCUCUGGAGAGGCAGAUGUCCUCCUCCUCUCCAACCCACUUGCAUCAGCUCUUGGUGACAAAUGACCGUCAUGCUUAUCCCAUUCUCCUGCACUUUGACUCUGUUAGGGACCUGGAUUCGGUACCAGCCCCUACCUGUCUUCCCUCUGACUCUCGGCCAGUGGAUUUAACUCAGGCCCAGCUUCCGAGUUCCAGCAGGCAGACCGAGAGAGGCCGCGGGCACCUCCGUGGUGAAGAGCUCCCAGGAGCACAGGACGGAGACCCUCAUCCUUCACGCUGGGAGGGGACGUCACAGUGACUCUUCUGUGACAGCCACAGGAAAGUGGGAAAGGAAAGGGUUAGACUGUGUUCGAAUUCAAGUUACGGUGCCUCUCUUUCCUAAUCUCCCCUAAGGCUCCCACAAACCCUCUGCACGUAGGGAGGAGACAGAAAUGACUGGGCAGGUGCAGGGGGAGGGGCCAGAAUGGCAGCAGCCCCAGGUGCUGAUGGGAAAGCUAAGUGGGGCCCCUAGGCUCUUGGUAGCUGUGGGAACAGGUCUGGCUGGGGUGGGGUCAAAACAGGCAGAGAGGAAACUGAAGAGGGAACAUGCACCAUGUUCUACUGCACCACGAUUGCUUCCCCAAUGUCCAAGAGGCAGUAAGGAAUGAAGGAUUGUUGUCUUCGAUUAGGGUCUCUCCAGCUGCUCCUCAUCACUACAUUUUUCUCCCUCUCUGGUCCCUGCACAUUUUUCCUGCUUUUGUUGACAUGAGAUAUCUACAGGUUAAGCCAUGAAGCUCACAUUGCUUACAUUCCAACUUCCAGAGAAAUUUAGAUAGCCCCAACUGUCUUGUUUGAAAAGAUCUUGUCAGGUUUAUUUGGGGCCGGGAUUUAGCUUAGCGGUUCUGCCACCUGCCUCACAAGCACAAGGUCCUGAGUUCAAUUCCCGGUACCAAAAAAAAAAAAAGAAAAAGAAAAAGAAAAGAUCUUGUCCUGGAAGCUGCUCACAGGCACCAUUUAAGGCCCUACUUGUGAAGGAUAUUGAUGAUGUACUCAAUUACAUCCCAGAAGAACCUGGAAAGCAGAAUGUAUAUAUUUUCCAAGGGGUGGUACUCACAGCCUUCUCCUUCCAUUAUGUUAGAAACCGAACCUCAAGGCAAACGGAGCCGGGCCUGGGUUUGGUGAGCUUCCGGUGCCGUUACUGCCUGAGGCUUCAUUGGCCCUGGAGUUGUUUCUACAGUCAGGCUGGAAAUUGGCCCCCAAAGCCAGCUUCUUCCCUCAGAUGUUGUCCUCCCAGGUCCUCCCCAAGUCCUGCCAAGAGGUGCCAGAAAUGUGAGAGAGCGCUAAUGGAAUUUGGCCCUGGCCCUGAAGAAAUAAUUGGAGGACUAAUUAACCACAGAGUCUACACACUGAGAUGAGCUUUCCAGAUCCGGUGUAGUUUCAGAGCUGCUACCUGAGCUCCAGGCAGAGAGGGAAUCACCUUUUUUGUUAAAUUUCGCCAUUCAAGACAGACCAGGGUUACCGUUUGGCACAAGCCGUCCCUGUCAUUGUGAGCGUAAAGGAGGUCUGCCCAGGGCGGGCUGGGAGGGCUGAGGUCUGUUCCUCCACAGAACUGGCCAGGGCAGCAGGGGAAAGGGGGGUGCAGGGUGACUCAGCAAGCUGGGGUGGAGGUAGGAAAAGAGACACAGAACGUCCCAGCCCAAGCUAAAGGGUUGUGGGAGAGCAGCUGGCCCAUGGCUGGGAGCCAUGGGAGAAGGCCCGAGCCAAGGCUGAACUCGUAAAUCUGCAUGGGACCCUGCAGGGCUUGUGCAGAGCUGCUUCUGGGCAGCUGGACAGGGCCAGGCAGGGGCAGGGCCCAGGUGUGGGAGGGCAUGAGCAGCGCUCUUCACAAGACCAUAAAAGUCCAGCUUCAAUGCUCUAUUUUUAAAGCCAAAUAGCAGCAUCUUCCUGGUGAGCUGGAGGAUGGUAACACGAGGGCAGAUGAGUUUCCUCCCAAUGGGUGGCACAUGCCCUCUUUCUGGGGACAAAGGGACUAGCUCUGCCUGUAUUGCUGGGGGCCCCCAAGGGGCUGGUGUGCCUCUUGAUAACUGAGCAGACCCGCUUUGGAGUUGGCCCUGGCCCACCCUGCUCAGAACCAAGCAUCUGUCUCAUCAUAUCUGACCCUGGGGGCGGCCACACCACUCUGGUGGAGAAGACCAGGCGGCCAGAAGAAGGAUGGAGCUGGUGGAGGCUGAGGAAAGCAGGGCCCAGCAGAGCAAGUUUCUCAGGGUGCCUCAAGCUCUUUCCAGGCCAAGUUGUUCUUGGUGCCUAGAAAAGUCCUGCGUGACCAGGGGCCAGCUCCUCAAACUGGAGAGAGCCAAGAGGGCUGGCAGAGUGCAGGGGAACACAAAGGAAGGGCCGGGGUGACUGGGAGCACCCAAAAGAGGGACCAGGCCUUGGUCUCCCUGAUAAGCUCAGUGCUGCCUGCACUUGAGAAAUGACAACUUGGAGCCUGGGGUAUACAAACCAACCAAGCCCGGGAGAAACGCCCUUCAUCUCCUCAGUGAGAAGAAAAACAUGGCUCACUGGGACACUUCUGGUCCCACCAGUCCUGGGGCACCGGUGGGUGGAGCAGCUAGAGGCCGCAGAGGCAGCUCAGAGCCUGGUCCUGGCCAGCUUCUGCCCCUAGGAACACAGGUGUGGAGGAAGGAAGCUCCAGAAGUUACCAGGAGCACGAGUGACAAGUGACAGGAAGGUGGGCUGGCUCAGGAGUUGGAGGAAUGGCUGCUCCCCGGGACUUGGUUUACUGUGCUUUCUUGCACUGCCUGUCAUGGGACUCUGGGUAGGCAGAGGUGGUUGGUGAGGGGGACAUCGCUGUCGCCUCCUUUGGCUUUCUAUUUUUUUUUUUUUUUUUUUGGUACCUGGGAUCGAACUCGGGUCCUUGCGCUUUCAAGGCAGGUUUCAAAACCACUGAGCUAAAUCCCCAGCCCAAAAUGCAUGAUUCUCUUAACCUUGUUUUUUUUUUGGUACCGGGGAUCGAACUCGAGGCAGGAGGCAGAACCUCUGAGCUAAAUCCCCGGCCCCUCCCUUGGCUUUCUAAUACACCGUAGGAGGGCAGGCUGGAUGGAGCUUGGGUGGGCUGUGGAGGGGCGGAGCUGGCCAAGUGGUAAAUAAGGACUGUGGUGGCCACUGUGGUGUUUACCAAAUGGGACAAGAGUAUUAGAAAUAGAAGAUUAAGGUAGUUUCUUCCUUCUCCCUCUAGGAGGAGCCUGGUUAAAAUAAAUUAGGCAGGAGGCCCUCUUCCUUUUGUGGCACUUGGUUUGUAGUCUUAUUCUACUUAGUAGUCCAAAUCCAGCUCCCCACCCAUCUUUGUAAAUAAAGUUUUAUUGAAACACAG